AUGCCCAUGCACCAAACCCGAGCUCGCACCUUCCUCCACCCUCCUUUCCCUCCACCCUCCUUUCCCUCCCUCCUCCCCCUUCCUCUCCCCCUCCUCUCUCUUUCCUUUCCCCCUUCUCUCCCGCUCCCUUCACCCCCCUUUACUCCUCUUUUCACCCUCCUUUCCCCCUCCUGUCCCCCUCCUGUCCCCCUCCUAUCCACCUCCCUCCCGUCUCUCUCUUCUCCCUUUGCUUCCCUCUCCUUUCCCUUUCUUUUGCCCUCAUUUCGACCACCCCUUCCUAACCCCCUCCUCUUUCCUUCUUUCGCAUCCUAUCACUCUCCUUUCCUCUCCACUUCCCCCUUUUUCUCCCUCCGUUCCCCCUUCUUUCCCCCUCCCCUCCGUGCCCCCUCCUUCAUCUUCUAUUUCCUCCAUUUCCCCUCCUUUCCCCUUCCUGUCACCCUCCUAUCCACCUCCCGUCCCCCUAUUUUCAUCUCAUUUCCCCCUCCACGCGCCCUGCUUUCCUUCUCCUGUUCUCUUCCUGUCCCCCUCCGUCCAACCACCUUCCCCUCAGUUCCCCAUCUUCCUCGAAACCCCCUCCUAUUCGCCUGCCUGUCCCCUGCUUUCACUUCUCACGACUUCUUUUCCUCCAUUCCCUCUCCCCUCCCCCUCCCAUUCCCCCGUCCACUCCCCUCAUUCCCCUUCCCCCCUCGUUUUACGCUCCUUCCGCCUCAUUCACCCUGCCCACUUCAAUCCUUUUCCUAUUCCACUGCCCUUCUCCUCCGUUCACGCUCACUUUCUUCCUUCCCGCUUCCCCGCUUUCCCACUCCUUUCCCCAUCCUUUCCCCCUCCUUCCCCCGUCCUUCCCCCCUCCUUCCCCACUCCUUUCCCCCCCCUUUCCCCCUGCUGUCGCCCGUCUGUCGCCCUCCUCCACCCCUGCUGCCCCCUGCCUGCCGCACGCCUUCUCCCGGGUGCUUGCUUGGGGCAGGCAGAGGGGGCUGCAGGCGCCAGGGAGCAGCGCCAUGCAGGGGAGGCCAUGGGCGGCCAUGCACGCAGGCGUGGGCUCAACGGGGCUCUCCACUCGCGCUGCUCAUCCGCCCCUCCUCCCCGCCUGCUGCCCUCUCCCCCCCCCCCCCUCUUUGCUCCUCGCCACACCCCUCCCCGCGCUGCGCCAUCCACUCGCCCACCUCACCCUCCACCUCAACGCCUUGCCUGACCCACUUGGGGCUGGGAGUUGCUGCUGCAGCAGGGGGGACAGCAGCAGCACGAGCACUGCAUCCCCUCUCACCAUGCGCUGCAUCACCCACCAUGCCACCACCAUCAACACCACAUGGCAAACACCAACUCUCAACCUGUCACAGCCGUAGCAGUCAGGGCCGCCAUGGGCGCUUUGGGGUGGCAGAGAGCGCGGCCUUGGCCUUGGGCGUUCUGCGAGGCGGCUUCACGGCAGCUUCGCCUUGCACUCGCCGCACCGGCCUGGGCGCUGCGGCACAUCGAGGCCUCGGGAUCAGCGUGGGUCCCUCCACGCGCCGAAUCGCUGCUGCCGUGUUGCUCGGCUUCGGGAUGCGCGACGGGGGGAGCGACAUCGUUGAUUGCGUUGCUGCUGCCGCCUUGCUGCCACCACCUGACGGGCGUGACAACGCCACCACCAAUGCCACCGACGCUGAUUCCGUCGCACUGGUUUCCGUCGCGGUUGAUUCCGCCGCAGCCGAUUCCGCCGCAGCCGAUUCCGCCGCAGCCGAUUCCGCCGCGGCUGAUUGCGGCGCAGCCGAUUCCGCCGCGGCUAAUUGCGGCGCACCCGAUUCCGCCGCGGCUGAUUGCGGCGCACCCGAUUCCGCCGCGGCUGAUUCCGCCGCCGCCGAUUCGGCCGCGGCUGAUUGCGGGGCUGCACAUUCCGGCGCGGCGGAGUCCAGCGCAGCAGUUUCCGGCGCAUCCGAAGCGGCACAUUCGCACGCUGCGGGGUCCGACGCACCAGUUUCCGAGGAUGUGCAUUCUGACGCGCCUGACUCCCACGCUGCGCAUUCCCACGCACCAGUUUCUGACGCCGUGGCGUCGUGCUUGCAUCCCGCGGCGGCGUCAGUGCGAUGA